CAUUAAACAAAAACAGAGAAGACUAUUAGUUCGUCAGACAAAAACUCAAACCCAAGGAGCCGGUCAUGGAGAAUUAUUACAAAGAAAUGGAACCACCAGCCGCCGCCGCACCUGGAAACCGCCGAGACGCAGCUGCGGUGAGAGGAUACACCGCAAGUUUCGACGAUUCAACCGCCGAUCAGACGAACGAUUACCAGAUGAAGAUAAAGAAAAGCAAAAGCGUUCCAAACGCGGAUCGUGCGGCAUCUAGAAGCUGGAGUUUCAGCGAUCCGGAAUCGCGGAGGAAGAGAAGAGUCGCUGGCUAUAAGGUUUACUCCGUCGAACAGAAGAUGAAGGGAUCCAUUAGAAAGAGCUUCAAAUGGUUCAAAGACAUUAUCGGUAUUUCUUGAAAUAUUCUCCAUCACUUUCUUUCUUAAUAUAUACAUAUAUAAAUACUAUAUGUAAAGAAAAACCAAUCGAUGGAUCUCUUCGUGCUGAGUAUUUAAAUAUCGAAUUAUCUUUCUCUUG